AUGGGCCCACGAAGCCGCGAGCGUCGAGCGGGAGCAGUGCAGAACACCAACGACAGCAGUGCCCUCAGCAAAAGUUCCCUAGCCGCGCGCGGGUACGUCCACGACACUUUUGCUGCGUUGCUAGUUCCCCGUACCGUCCGCCGAACGCCGCUCAUCCACCGCGGGUACUAUGUUCGCGCACGCGCUGUGAGGCACUGUGUGUGCGCCUUCUUGGAGCAGGCGUGCGCGGUAGCCGAGGCGCUGCCGGCUCAGAUAGUGUCCUUAGGCGCAGGCUCCGACUCGCUGUAUUUUUGCCUCAAAACUGCAGGUCAUCUAGUCCGGGCUGCAGUUUGGGAGGUGGAUUUCCCCGAAGUAGCUCGGCGCAAAGCAGAAAGGAUUCGAGAUACGCCAGAAUUGUGCGCGUUAACCGGCCCUUUCCAGAAGGAGGUCCCUGCAUCAACGCUGCUCUUUGAGAGUUUGGACUACCGCAUCCUGGGCAUAGACCUGCGGCAGCUCCAACGACUGGAGGAGGCCCUGGCUGCUGCGGGCCUCGACACGGCCGCACCCACCUUAUUCCUAGCAGAGGCCGUGCUAACCUAUCUCAAGCCCGAGAGCGCAGCAGCCCUCAUCACUUGGGCAGCCCGGCGUUUUCCUGAUGCCCUUUUCGUGAUCUACGAGCAGAUGAAGCCAUGUGACGCCUUUGGCCAGUUCAUGCAGCAACAUUUUCAGCAGCUGAAUUCUCCAUUGCAGGGCCUGGACAGCUUUCCCAACGUGGAAGCUCAGCGGUGCCGCUUCCUUCAAGCUGGCUGGACAGCUUGCACUGCCAUGGACAUGAAUGAAUUCUACCAUCGCUUUCUCCCCAAAGAAGAACGCCAGCGGAUAGAAAAUCUUGAACCCUUUGAUGAAUUUGAGGAGUGGCAUCUGAAGUGUGCCCACUAUUUCAUUCUGGCUGCGUCUAAGGGAGAAACCCUCGCCCAAACUCUGGUGUUUCCACCCACAGAGGCGUUUCCUUGGGUAGAUCCUGUUUCCCCUUCAGGGGUCUUCCCUGCCAGUGUAACCAUGAGUGACAGCCAAGGGCCUAACCUUAAGAGAUAUGGCCAUGCCUCUACCCUCUUGAGCCCUGGCAUUAUUCUCAGUGUAGGCGGCUUUGGAGAGCAAGAGAGGAAGCACUGCCGAGUAAGCAAGUUUCACUUACUCUUAAGAGAUGGUGACUUUGGGUGGAAAGGCAGCCAAAUAAGCAAUUGGGGGACUGGACCUAAGUGGGAUGGACGCCUUUAUCACACUGUGACAAGACUUUCAGACACACAGGCUCUGGUUCUGGGAGGGAGACUGUCUCCAGUGACUCCAGCUUUGGGAAUUCUCCAACUGUGUUUUUGUAAGAGAGAAGAUAGUAGCACUGAGGACCUGAAAGUGACAGUAACAAAGACUGGCUCAGAAGAUUCCACUUUGUCACGUUGGCGACAUUCAACAACAGAAGUGACAUAUCAGAAUCAGAAAUAUUUGUUUGUAUAUGGAGGUCGCAGUGUGAUGGAACCUGUACUAAGUGACUGGCAUUUCCUACAUGUGAGGACAAUGGCUUGGGUCAGGAUCUCAGUGGAAGGGAAUACACCUGAAGCUCGUCAUUCCCACAGUGCCUGCGGCUGGCAAGGGGGUGCCCUUUUUGCUGGAGGUCUGGGGACUUCUGAAGAGCCAUUGAGCUCUGUACUCUUUCUGAAACCAGUAUCUUGUGGAUUCCUUUGGGAAUCAAUGGACAUCCAGCCUCCUAUUACCCCAAGGUACUCUCACACAGCUCAUGUUUUCAAUGGGAAGCUUCUACUGGUUGGAGGGGUAUGGAUUCAUUCUUCAUCAGUUCCUGGAGUAACUGUUGUUGAUCUGAAUAUAGGACUGAGCUCUGAGUAUGAGAUUGACACAACUUGUGUGCCACGGCCAUUAAUGCUUCAUAACCAUAGCAGCAUCCUCCUUCCUGAAGAGAAACAACUCCUGCUCCUUGGAGGUGGUGGAAAUUGCUUUUCCUUUGGUACAUACUUCAACCCCUACACAUUGACAUUAGACCUUUCUUCCUUAAGUACUGAGCAGUAA